UUGUUAUCCCAAUAGUUCUUUCAUCUCAGUCCAUGUGUAUUCCUGGGCGAAUGUGCUCGUGUGGUCUCAGGAGUUGGGGAGGUCACGGCUCUGGGACAGCCGUUUCAUGGCCCUAUGCUGCAGAACCGACCCCAGAGAAUUGCCAAAGCUGUCCGCAAACAGUCAAUAGAAGUGAAGGAAAAUUGGGAGCAAUUGAAAACCCGUGCGAGCAUCUGGCAGAAACAGGUGAAAAAGGUGUUGGAGAAACUUCAAGAACUGCAGAAAGCUAUGGAUGAUGUUGAGGCUCAUGUGAUAACAGCUGAGGGGGCCCGCACUGAUUGGCAACCUGUGGGUGACCUGCUUAUUGACUCAUUGCAGGGUCACAUUGAUAAAACCACACUUUCCUGGAGCAAGUCUGUUUUCCUUCGGAUGAGACGACUUUCAGACAUACUCCCUUUAUUAUGAGAUAUAAUUGGGGUAAAAUGAGGAGGAUUUUUAUUCACUGAGACACACAUGACUAUAUGUUUAAAGCAUUGGAAAAUGCAUUCGGUUAGGACUGUCAUGUUAUCUGGUGUUUGUACCAGGCUUUCCGAUUAACUGCAAGUGAUUAAGGAUGCUAAUGGAUGCCACAUGUUAUUACCAGAGGAAAUGAACAUACAAGUAAGGAUUUUAUGCCAGAUUUAUACAUAGCAUGGACUAUGCAGCAUGGAUGCAGUGACUGAGUGAAACGGGAUGCAGUGACUGAGUGAAACGGGAUGCAGUGACUGAGGGUAAUGAGCUGCAGUGACUGAGGGAAAUGGGCGGCAGUGACUGAGAGAAAUGGGCUGAAGUGACUGAUGUAAAAGGGAUGCAGUGACUGAUGGAAAUGGGACGUAGUGACGGAGUGAAAUGGGAUACAGUGACUGAGUGAAAGGAGAUGCUGUGACUGUGGGAAAUGGGAUGCAGUGACUGAGGGAAAUAAGCUGCAGUGACGGAGGGAAAUGGGCUGCAGUGACGGAGGAAAUAGGGAUGCAGUGACCAAAGGGCUUUCUGAUGCCGUAACUGAGACAAAUGGGAUGCACUGACAGAGGGAAAUGGGAUACAGUGCCUCAGUGAAAUGCUCACAGCGAAUUUCCCCCCUCCGUCCUGCGACUUGCCCUCUCCGUCCUGACCCGCUCACAGCGACUUGCCUCCUCCGUCCUGACCCGCUCACAGUGACUUGCCCCCUCACUCCUGAACCGCUCACAGUGAUUGGCCCCCUCACUCCUGACCCGCUCUGCAUUGAGGAAACCAAGCAGAGGCUUGGGGACCGCUUUGCAGAACACCUCCACUCGGUUCGCCACAAACAACUGCACCUCCCAGCCGUGAACCAUUUUAACUCCCCCUCCCAUUCCUUAGACGACAUGUCUAUCAUGGGCCUCCUGCAUUGCCACAAUAAUGCCACCCGAAGGUUCCAAGAACAGCAACACAAAAUCCGCUUGGGAACCCUGCAACCCAAUGGUAUCAAUGUGGACUUCACCAGCUUCAAAAUCUCCCCUUCCCCCAUCCCAAAACCAGCCCAGUUCUUCCCCUCGCCCCACUGCAUCCCAAAACCAGCCCAGCCUGUCUCCGCCUCCUUAACCGGUUGUUCCUCUCACCCAUCCCUUCCUCCCACCUCAAGCCGCACCUCCAUUUCCUACCUGCCACCUCAUCCCGCCUCCUUGACCUGUCCGUCUUCCCUGGACUGACCUAUCCCCUCCCUACCUCCUCACCUGUACUCUCCUCUCUACCUAUCUUGUUUUCUCUCCAUCUUGGGUCCGCCUCGCCCUCUCUCCCUAUUUAUUCCAGUUCCCUCUCCCAUCCCCCUCUCUGAUGAAGGGUCUAAGGCUUAAAUGUCAGCUUGUGUGCUCCUGAGAUGCUGCUUGGCCUGCUGUGUUCAUCCAGCUCCACACUUUGUUAUCUUGGAUUCUGCAGCAUCUGAGCUUCCCAUUAUCAGUGGCCUUUUCCUCUUCAUCAAAGUUUGUGCAAAAGCAACACGAUAUGGGGCGGCAUGGUGGCUCAGUGGUUAGCACUGCAGCCUCACAGCACUGGGGACCCCGGUUCCAUUCCAGCCUCAGGCAACUGUCUGUGUGGAAUUUGCACCUUGUCCCUGUGGCUGCAUGGGUUUCCUCCAGGUGCUCCGGUCUCCUCCCACAGUCCAAAGAUGUGCAUGCUAGGUGGAUUGGCCAUGCUAAAUUGCCCAUAGUGUUCGGGGCGUGGGUCUGGGUGGGAUGCUCCAAGGUUUGGUGUGCACUUGUUGGGCCAAAGGGCCUGUUUCCACACUGUAGGGAAUCUGAACAAUCCUGUUUCCACAUCUCCAUGUUAUAACCCUGCUGAUCACUGCACAUAGAGAUGUUUGAUAACAAAAGGAUAACAAUAAUAUUCAAACCCAGUGCUGGAGAGGUAUUUUAAAUGAGUAUUUUAAAUGCACUGAGGCCAGUGUCGAUCUCCAAUUCAAUUUUUAUUUACAAAUGAACUGUCUUCAACUUUAGCACUGCCUCAUUCAGAGAUAGUUACCAGGGUGUCAGCCUCUCUGACCCUCACACUUCUUAUCUGUCAGCCAGGGCUCCCUGAUUUGGGCUGUUAAUAUGGACCAAUCAGGCAACUCAUAUUCUGUGAGGUUCAACUGGCCGACCUGGUCACAAACCAGUGUAGUGUGUUCGUCGAAAAUCAAACAUGUACUAGAAAGAUACCAUUACAUACCAGUGUAAAGGAAGGCAUGAGGCUAAACUGGGGAGGGAAAGGGAACUGCUUACUGGGGGUGGCCCAGAGAGUGGAAGAAAAUCGAAUGGGAAGAAGACCAUUUGAGACUGAGGGAGAGAGAUGUAAUUGCCUGACUGAGGCAUUCCAAUUGCGAAAUGGAUUUUUGUGUGUACACCAUGUUCAGUUGCCCCGAUCUUAAUCUGUACUCCUCUUUAAAUCAUUAGUAUCUGAAAUUUCUGUAUCAUUUCCAAAUGUUCUGUCUCUAAUGUUAUUCUGUUGGAAUUGGUUGAACUGCAGAGAUAUCAUCUAUUUGCACAAAUGUGUUCAGUGAAAUGAGUUGCAUGCUAUAUAUGUAUUAUUCUUCCUGAUUCUAUG